AUGGCUUUCCCUCAGCUGGGGUACCCCCAGUUCCUCAACGCCGCCCAUGAGGUGUACGCGGGCGAACGACCGGCCUCGAGCCGCGAAGGAAGCAGUGACAGCGGCGUGAGCUCGUCUGCUACAGCCGCUGCUGUCGGCUCCAUGCUGGGGAUGUAUGGGAACCCAUGGGCCGCCCCCAACUACAGUGCCUUUCUGCCGUAUAGCGGAGCACCAGACCUCGCCCUCAUAUCUCAAAUGGGCUCCCAGUACGAGUUAAAGGACAGCCCCGGUUCCCACCCGGGCUCUUUACCUGUGCAUGCGGCUCAAGGUUUUUAUCCUUACGGACAGUAUCCCUAUGGAGACCCGUCAAGGGCCAAGACCGCCACACGAGAGACGACGAGCACUCUGAAGGCCUGGCUGCAGGAGCACCAGAAAAACCCUUACCCCACCAAAGGGGAAAAGAUCAUGCUUGCUAUCAUAACGAGGAUGACACUCACCCAGGUGUCCACGUGGUUUGCAAACGCACGCAGACGCCUCAAGAAGGAGAACAAGGUGACGUGGGGCCGCAGCGCCGAGGACCGUGACGGGCGCAUCUUCAGCAGCGACAACGAGGACGAGCAAGGCAAAAACGGCAGCGACGACGACGAAGACGAGGAGAUCGAUUUGGAAACCGUCGAUAUUGAAAGACCGGAGGAGCAGCGCGCCGCAGCGGAGCAGGGCUGCACGAAGGGGGAGAAUGAGGUAGACGUGGCCGGCAGUGAGGCCUCGACUGAGCCUCGGUACUCCGAGAACACCAGGACACUUUCCCUCAAUAAAGCCCAACCAGUGAUCAAACUCGUGGAUGACUCCCCCAGCAGACAAGAGUGCCAGAGACCACCGCAGAGCAAACCCAAAAUCUGGUCCCUGGCUGAGACAGCCACUGCACCGGACAACUCGCACAAAACUUCCCACGCUGCACAUGCGCACCACCCGGCUUUGGCAACCACCGCACACCCGGCACUGCUCCCGGGUCAUGGGAUUUACACAUGCCAAAUCGGCAAGCUGCACAACUGGGCCAACGCGGCAUUUCUCAACGCCAACUCGUUAUUGAACAUGAGGUCGCUCCUCGGAGGAGCACAUGCCGGACACCUGCCUCUGCGCGGCCCUGCGCCACCCGUGCGUCACGACGCACGACCCGGUCACGGAGCUUCGGGCACAGAGGACGACAGUGACGGCGACUCUUCUGGAAGCUUUAGUCCAAAAAGAGAUGAUGAAGACAGUAAUCACAGGCCGGAUUCACUCAAGUCUCCUUUCCAGCUCAUCACAGACAGACCUCACCAUGGCACAGGAACACAGCGAGCGCUCACAUCAACAUUAUGA